AUGCCAGUUUCUUCCACCUUCCCCCCAAUCGAGAUUCCCGACCUCGAUAUAUGGAGCUUUCUCUUCGAACGAAAGGACAGACUCUACCCAGAUGACAAGAUCAUAUACCAGGACGCUGAGACACAACGCCACUACACCUACCAAUCUCUCAAGCAACGCUGCCUUACGUUUGGAGCAGGCCUGCAAAGCGUUUUCCAUUGGAAUCAGGGCGAUGUGCUCGCGCUGUUCACCCCUAAUAGCAUUGACACUCCGGUCGUAACAUGGGGGACUUUGUGGGCGGGCGGAAUAAUAUCUCCUACAAACCCUGCAUACACAGUCGAUGAGCUGGCUUUUCACUUGAGGGACUCUGGCGCGAAGGCACUAGUUACCCAUGUGUCAGUGCUACCAGUUGCAAAGGCAGCUUCUAAAAAGGUGGGACUGGCAGAGGACCGUAUCAUGCUUCUCGGAGACCACCACGAUCCGGCUCAUGAGAUUGGGCACUUCUCUUCAAUCAAGAAUGAAACUGGAAUGACCACAAAGCGCCCGGAUAUCGUCGAUCCCUCGAGGACCUGUGCGUUUAUUGUAUAUUCGUCAGGUACAACGGGGGCCCCGAAGGGAGUUACGCUGUCGCACCGAAACAUUGUCUCCAAUGUUCUACAGGCCAGCGCGGGCGAGGGAGGUAACCUUACCUGGAAUGGCGGCAUCGACGGAAAGGGUGACCGUGUUCUGGGAUUCGUACCCUUUUCUCAUAUAUAUGGGUUGCUACGUCUCCUCCACGCCCCCUUAUAUACCGGAUACCAGGUGCUUAUAAUGGAAAAAUUCGAAAUCGAGAAAUGGUGCGCCUAUGUCCAGAACUACCGGAUCACAUUCAGCUACGUCGUACCCCCCGUGGUACUGCUUCUUACGCAGCACCCGGCCGUGGAAAAGUACGAUUUGUCAAGCCUGCGGAUGCUAAACUGUAGCGGUGCGCCGCUCACACUGAAACUCGUUGAAGCCACAUACAAGCGCCUCGGCGUUGGGAUCAAGCAAGGGUAUGGUUGCACCGAGGUCAGUCCAACAAGUCACAACCAGUCCUGGGAAGACUGGCACAGCACGAUUGGCUCAGUUGGUAGGUUGUUGCCGAACAUGGAGGCCAAGUAUAUGAGUAUGCCCGAGGAGGGAUCCGAUUCCGAGCCAGAAGAGGUCAAAGUAGGUGAAGUGGGCGAACUCUUUUUACGCGGCCCAAAUGUCUUUCUGGGGUAUCACAACAACCCCCAGGCAACUACCCAGGCGCUCUCGGCAGAUGGGUGGCUUCGAACUGGCGACGUUGGAUACCAGGACAAAAAUGGGCACUUUUACAUCACCGAUCGUGUGAAGGAGCUGAUCAAAUACAAUGGAUUUCAAGUUGCUCCGGCGGAACUCGAGAGUGUUCUAGCGAAUAAUGAGGCCGUUGCUGAUGUGGCUGUGGUUGGAACCCACCGCCAAAAGCACGGUACCGAAGUCCCGCUUGCGUUUGUCGUUCGCAGUGAAAAGAGCAUAGCUUCUGGCACCGCGGCGGAAGAGGAAGCCCGGAAUAUUGCUCACUGGUUGGAAGAUAGGGUUGCGUACUACAAGCGGCUGCGAGGUGGCGUUCACUUUGUUGAUAGCAUUCCAAAAAGCCCCAGCGGGAAGAUCCUGAGACGUCUGCUGCAGAGGCAGGUACAAGAGACUUUCAGGAAAGCAGUGAAUGCGAGAUUGUAG